AUGCGUAUUGCAUACCAACUUGUAGUACUUUGUGCAGUUGUGGCCGCCGUCAACGCAUGGCCCACAACAUCACCAGCAGCCAUCUGUGGUAGCGCCUUGCUCAGAGGCGGUCCCACCACCGCCCCCACCGGCGCCAUCACCGUUCCAGCCGGCGACAACUCCAACGUCAACUGGAACCAGCCAGGCAAGACCUUCUGGUUUGCCCCAGGUGUCCACACCCCCGGCAGCGACCUCUACGCCCAGAUCAUCCCCGGCGACAACACCAAGUUCAUCGGUGCUCCAGGCGCCAUCCUCGACGGCCGCAACCUCAACUUGUACGCCUUCACCCAACCCGCCGUCAACGUCACCAUCCGCUACCUCGAGAUCAGAAACUUUGGCACUGGCAAGUCCAACAACGAUGAGGGUACCGUCAACCACGACUACGGCACUGGCUGGACCAUCGAGUACAACUGGGUCCACGACAAUGAUGGUGCUGGAAUCUUCCUCGGCUCCAACUCUGUGACCCGCUACAACUGUCUCCAGAACAACGGCCAGUACGGUUUCAGCUCGUACGCCCCAGAGGGAAUCCGCAACGUCGUCCUCUCAUACAACGAGAUCGUUGGCAACAACGUCGACGACUGGGAGAAGCUCCGUGAUGGAUGUGGCUGCACUGGUGGUGGCAAGUUCUGGGAUGUGCACGGAGCCGUCGUCACCUACAACUGGGUCCACGACAAUCGUGGACCAGGUCUGUGGGCCGACAACAACAACGCCAUGUUCCUGUUCGAGAACAACUUGAUCGAGAACAACGACGGCAUGGCCAUCUUCUACGAGGUCAGCUACAACUUUGCCAUCCGCAACAACACCUUCCGCAGGAACAACAUCGUCAACGGCAAGCACCGCGCUACCGCUGGCGACAACUUCCCCGAGGGUGCCAUCUACAUCUCCGAGUCCGGUGGCGACGCACGCGCCGGCAACCUCUACGUCCAGUCUGAGAUCUCCAACAACCUGUUCGAGAACAACUGGGACGGCAUCGUCCUUUGGGAGAACGCCGACCGUUUCUGCCGCCCCAACGAGGAGUUUGACACCACCAACGGCUGCCCAUUGUUCAACAACACCUGGGGCUUCCGCUACAAGACCCAGAACAUCAAGAUCGAGAACAACCAGUUCCGCUUCGACGCUGCCUCGGUCAACUGCACCAACGGAAUCUGCGGUCGCCAGGCUGUCUUCUCCAACUGGGGCACCUACCCAGCCAACUCGCCAUACCUCGGCACCAAGAUCCAGGACGCCAUCACCUUCAGCCAGAGCAACAUCUGGAGAAACAACGCCUACUUUGGCAACUGGAGAUUCAUGCCCCACGACACCGACAUGAACCUGUCCUUCACCCAGUGGCGUGCCGCCCCAUACAACCAGGACGCCGGUAGCACAGUCAACGGUGCCACUCCAACCCCAACCCAGACCACCACUCCAACACCAACCCAGACUACCACCCCAACUCCAACCCAGACCUCCACUCCAACUCCAACUCAAACCACCACUCCAACUCCAACCCAGACCUCUACUCCAACUCCAACUCAGACCUCCAACAUCCUCGACGCCAACACCGCCACCUUGGAGGGAUCCAUCGGUCAAUGGGUCAGCUGGUACUCUGCCAGCGUUGCUCAGUCCACCGCCCAGAAGCACUCUGGCGCCAAGUCUCUCUUGGUCACCGUCACUGAUCCAUGGGGUUGGGGAGUCACCUCCAACAACUACCCAGGUUUCGCCGCCACCGCUGGCUCCAAGUCGGUCUCCCUGUGGGCUCGUCUCGGCUCUGGCACCAACGUCCAGCCAACUCUCUCCAUGAAGUGGUUGAACAGCGCUCAGUCCGUCCUCCAGACCAACAGUAUUGCCCUGUCCCCAUUGUCCACCACCUGGACUCAAAAGACUGCCACCAUCACUGCUCCAGCUGCCACAGCCUACGUCCUCAUCGAGCUCACCGGUUCCGAUGCUGUAGGUUCAAGCUUCUUCCUUGAUGACAUUGUCAUCGUCUAA